AUGUUGAAGGCACUCACCGCCAGGUGCAGCUCGCACGUCUACAUCGGGGCCCACCUCCGCGUCCCCGCGCCUGCCGGAGUGCCCGCGUCCCCGUUGCUGCGGGUCCUUCGAGGGCAGAGAGGGAGAAGUCCGGUUUAUUUUAGGAGGUUCUUUUGCUCUGACUCCUCCGAUGGGACCGGCCCGGUCGACUCAACCACGUCGGAGACUAAGUACAUCGAGGUGGGUGAAGAGGCGGCUGAAUCGAAGUCCUCAUCAGCCAUUGUGCCUACUGUUGUCAGACCGGAAGACUGCCUCACGGUUAUUGCACUUCCACUGCUACAUAGACCAUUAUUUCCUGGGUUUUAUAUGCCAAUAUAUGUCAAGGAUCCAAAGUUGUUGGCUGCUUUGGUAGAGAGUAAAAAGAGGCAAGCUCCUUAUACUGGUGCCUUCCUUCUUAAAGACGAGGAAGGGGCUGAGGGUUCAGAUACAGACAAGAAUAUAUAUGACCUUAAGGGUAAAGAUUUGCUCAAACGCCUUCAUGAAGUUGGUACACUUGCUCAGAUUACAAGCAUCCAAGGAGACCAGGUUGUCCUCAUUGGCCACAGACGACUUCGAAUUACAGAAAUGGUCAGUGAAGAUCCUCUGACUGUCAAAGUUGAUCAUCUCAAGGAAAAACCGUUUGACAAGGAUGAUGACAUUCUGAAAGCCACAUCAUUUGAAGUUAUAGCAACUCUGAGAGAUGUUUUGAAAACCAGUCCUCUCUGGCGAGAUCAUGCACAAACUUACACCCAGCACAUAGGAGAUUUCACUUAUCCAAGAGUGGCAGAUUUUGGGGCAGCAAUAUCAGGUGCCAAUAAAUUACAAUGUCAGCAAGUGCUUGAAGAACUUGAUGUGCAUAAAAGGCUAAAACUCACUUUAGAGUUAGUGAAGAAAGAGAUGGAGAUUAGCAAGAUCCAGGAAUCUAUAGCCAAGGCCAUUGAGGAGAAGAUUAGUGGGGAGCAGCGGCGCUUCUUGUUGAACGAACAACUUAAGGCCAUAAAGAAGGCAUGUUUAUUAGAACUGGGAUUGGAGACUGACGACAAAACUGCACUUUCUGCAAAGUUCAGAGAAAGACUCGACCCAAAGAAGGAUAAAAUCCCAGCUCAUGUUUUGCAAGUCAUAGAAGAAGAACUGACAAAAUUACAAUUAUUGGAAGCAAGUUCAAGUGAAUUUAAUGUCACACGCAAUUAUCUUGAUUGGUUGACUGCGUUACCUUGGGGAGAAUACAGUGAUGAGAACUUUGAUGUAAUUCAAGCUCAAAAAAUUCUGGAUGAAGACCAUUAUGGAUUGUCUGAUGUUAAGGAAAGGAUAUUGGAGUUCAUAGCAGUGGGAAAAUUGAGAGGUUCCUCACAAGGUAAAAUAGUUUGCCUCUCUGGCCCUCCGGGAGUGGGGAAGACGAGUAUCGGCCGUUCCAUUGCUCGGGCUCUGAACCGUAAAUUCUACCGGUUUUCGGUUGGAGGUUUAUCUGAUGUUGCUGAAAUCAAGGGGCAUCGGAGGACCUAUAUUGGUGCCAUGCCAGGGAAGAUGGUGCAAUGUCUAAAGAGUGUGGGAACUGCUAAUCCUCUUGUCCUGAUUGAUGAGAUAGACAAGUUGGGAAGGGGACAUGCAGGGGAUCCUGCAAGUGCAAUGCUUGAACUACUCGACCCGGAGCAGAAUGCAAACUUUCUGGAUCACUACCUUGAUGUUCCAAUUGAUUUAUCCAAGGUUUUGUUUGUUUGCACCGCAAAUGUUGUUGAAAUGAUUCCCAAUCCCUUAUUGGAUAGGAUGGAGGUGAUAUCCAUUGCUGGCUAUAUUACUGAUGAGAAAAUGCACAUUGCUAGGGAUUACCUGGAGAAAAAUACACGAGAAGCAUGUGGUAUCAAGCCGGAACAGGUUGAGGUAACAGAUACAGCUCUUCUGGCUUUGAUUGAGAAUUAUUGCAGAGAGGCUGGGGUUCGGAAUCUUCAAAAGCAAAUUGAAAAGAUAUAUCGAAAGAUUGCCCUAAAGCUUGUGCGGGAAGGAGUAUAUAUUGAGCCUGCUGCUAGUGGAGCUGAGGGCCAAGCUGAUGAGAUCAAGGCAGAAUCUGAUUCUGCAUCCACUCAUGAAACCUUGAUUGAAAUAACGGAUGUCGAAUCUGGCGAUAAGGGUGAUGUUGAUGGAAAAGAGUCUGAAAGUGCUGUAGAAGCUGAAGUAUUGGAACCAUCAGCUGAUCAAGCUCCGAAUUGUACUGAUCAUUCUGGCAAUGCAGAGGAUACUGUUGAACCCGGCAAAAACGAAAAAACAGAACCCCCCAUAGCUAAGGUCCUGGUUGACUCGUCCAACCUCGUCGACUUUGUGGGCAAGCCCGUUUUCCAUGCCGAGCGCAUAUACGAGCAGACACCAGUUGGAGUUGUGAUGGGCCUGGCCUGGACGGCCAUGGGCGGGUCGACCCUCUACAUUGAAACCACCCUAGUCGAGCAAGGGGAGGGCAAGGGUGGGGCCCUCAGCCUCACGGGUCAGCUUGGGGACGUCAUGAAGGAGAGCGCCCAGAUAGCCCACACGGUUGCACGGGCCAUACUGACUGAGAAGGACCCUUCAAAUCAGUUCUUUGCCAACACAAAGGUCCAUCUCCAUGUGCCGGCGGGGGCCACGCCCAAAGACGGGCCCAGUGCCGGUUGCACCAUGAUAACGUCCCUUCUGUCACUCGCCAUGGGUCGACCGGUCAAGAAGGACCUGGCCAUGACUGGGGAGGUCACAUUGACGAGAAAGAUUCUUCCUAUUGGCGGGGUCAAGGAAAAGACAAUUGCUGCCAGGAGGAGUGAUGUGAAGACCAUCAUAUUUCCCUCUGCUAACCGGAGGGAUUAUGAUGAGCUGGCACCUAAUGUGAAGGAAGGCCUCGAGGUACAUUUUGUCGAGGAUUACAGUCAAAUAUUUGAUCUGGCUUUCAGUGAGAAUCAGUAG